AUGCAUAUAGAUGAGGCUUGUGCAGUCCAUGUGACCUACGUGGAUUUCAGUAAGGCAUUUGACAAGGUUCCACACGUAUCACAGAUUCGUCAGUCUAAGGUCACCUCCGACCGAAACUACCAUGGGUUAAACUCAACCCUUCAAUCCCAGCUUUCUGCGCUCAACUCUAACCUGUCCGAUCUUAAACGAAUGCACAGCGAUCUCCGUCACCAGUUUACUGAGAUGGAAACGAAGUACAGAUCUGUCAACGAAACCAAGGCUCAAAUCUGUGAAUUGUUGACCAGCAGAAGAGAACAAACAUGCCCUCAGAACUGGAGUGAAAAGGAAGAUCGGUGUUAUUUCGUAUCCUCCGAGGAGAAAUCUUAUGAUAGUGCGAGGGGACAUUGUUCAAACUUCGAUGCAAGGCUCUUUGAAAUGAAUUCAAACGAAGAAGAGGAUUUUGUUUCCAUCUCUAUCGGCCAUCGAUUCGGAACUUACUGGAUUGGAAAAUGCAGAUACGGGAAUCUGGUCUCUAAUCUUCUGUACAAGACGUUUAACAGACCGCCCACCUGCA